UCCCUCACGUGACCUGCCAUGAGCCCCAAUCUUCCUCCUCUUUUUUCCACGCACUCUUCUCCGCCUCCUUCUCCCCUGCCGGGCCGGCUGUAUUGUCACGUGAUCUCUGUUUUAAAAAAAAAAAAAAGCGUUCGGCCUGGCUUUGCCGGCCUGCCCUGGAGUUGGGCAGGGCUGGGUGGAGAGAGAGGGAGAGAGAUGGCGUCGACGGGUCCUGGCAGAGGGCGAGAGCCGCAGUCCCCGCCUGGCAAAGAGGCCCCCAGUUCGGAUCAGAUCCUUCAGACAGGAACUAUUCUUCUCAAAGGCUUUAUCAGGGACCGAGUGCGGAGCUGCGGAGACUCUGAACGUAUCGAGGCAACCAUGGAAGAACUCAGGGACCCCGAGUCCCAGACCGCUGACCCCAGCACCAAGCAGUUGAGUGAGUACCUGCGCCGGAUUGGAGACGACCUGGAUGGAAAUCUGGAACUGCAGAGGAUGAUCGAGCAAGUUCAAUCCUAUCCCCCCAAGGAAGUCUUCUUCCGGGUGGCCGCAGAGAUGUUUUCCGAUGGGACCUUCAACUGGGGGCGAGUGGUGGCUUUGUUCUACUUUGCCUGCAAGUUGGUCCUGAAGGUAGUGUGUACUAAAGUGCCAGAGCUCAUAAGGACCAUCAUCAGCUGGACGAUGGAAUAUAUCCGGGAUCAUGUCGUGGCCUGGAUCCAAGCCCAGGGAGGAUGGGAAGGCCUUGCGUCCUAUUUUGGCACCCCCACUUGGCAAACCAUCGCUGUGUUUGCGGCCGGUGUCCUGACUGCCUCGCUGACCUUCUGGAAGAUGUCUUAAUCGUCAGUGCCCUCCAGCGGGGGGGCAUUUUCAUAGUGGGAAUAAAGGGGGGGGCUGGUCCCCCCUAUUUCCUAAUCAAAAAAAUCAGAAGAAAAAAGAUGGUUUUGUUUUGUUUUCCAGUUUAUGAGCAGGGGACCUUUUUUUAGCAAAGAAAAGAAAAGAAAACUAUCAUCUUGGUGCCUUUUUAAAAAAAAGAAAAAGUGUGCACCUUUUUCAAGGAACAUGUGCUUUUUGGCUUUGCUUUUGCCUGUCUGUGCCUCUUGGGGUCAGAGGUCGGAGGGCAUGCAGGUUGUCUGCAGACGCUUCGGAAGGACAGCGAAGAAAUAGAUGAAGGAUGGGCUAGUUAGGUCUAUUACUGCUGAAUUUUGUAUACAGUUUUCUAAACUUCCAAAUCUUCCCCUGCCAGCAACAGUUGGAUAUUUGUCCUUUUCUGCCAACUGAAAAGGAUUUCAAUGGAUUUAAGCAACCAAGUUUUGUGGAUCUCGCUCUCUCGAUCUCUCUCUCUCUCAUGGGAUGGCAAAUCUUGGAGGUUGAAUUUGGACAGGUCUCUGGAAAGCCAAAUUCAGAACUUUCUCCACAGGAGAAAACCCAAUUCUGUCUUUUCAGAACUUGGGAUAUUGUGUGAGCAGGCAACUUGUAGUUUGGAUUCCAGUUGUCAAAUUUCUUUUAAUGACAAAAACCCAGGGAACUGAGCCAGAAGAGAGUCAGUGCUACCAGGGUGAUGGAUUUAGUCAGAUUCUUUGUGGCAGCUGAUGGCUCUUGAGGAAACUGUGCUGCUGUUAAGUGGUGGGAUUUCAGAGCACUACUUCCGGCUGCCAGCCCCGUCUGCUUUUCUAGGGAAAUGCUCUUGGUGGCACUAGAGAGAGGUGUUCCUACAUAGAUGGAUGUCUCUCCAAUCAAGAGCAGGAGAACUGUACUCUGAACAAGACAUAAGAGACUGCACAUGCAUUACAGGGGCACGCAGAUGGCUGCUCUUUGCCUGCAAGAAGAAUUUAUCUGCUUCAUGUAUUUCCCUGAUGAAGAACCUUCCCACUACCGGAGAACCUUGGUGGCUUAAGAAGCAAAGUAAAUGGGGAGGGGGAGUUAAGUUUCUGUCCUAUGGUGGUGGUUCCUCUCCACUCCUAUCUUGUGCUGGAUUAACUGUCCACCAGCUGUGCACGAGGCCUUUCAGCUUAGCAAAAAUGCAGAUCGGAGGCCACUUCCAUAUGCCAUGCCCCAGCGUGGAAUACCAAAUUGUGGGUCUGAUGGAGGAUUUGGUUUUGCCAGAGUGAGGUCUCUCUUCUAUUUCCUCCUCUCCCCAACAUGUGCAAUUAGAAGGCAUUCCAGUUGCACAUUUGGCUGGGUGCAGAAUUCAAAAUCUGCAGCAUGCAGGGAAGCAUGCAGCCCAGGAAACGAGGGGGGCCUGCAGAUACCAGCUGGACAUGGACUGCGUGGAAUUCACCUUCACGCUAACUGGUGCUUCUUCAUUCUUUUAAAUGUGUAAAGGAAUGGGCUUGUACCCUUGCCCAGUUCACACACACACACACACACACACACACACACUGGUCAGUAUCUUACUUGGUGCUGCAGGAGAGGAAGUUUAGAGCAGAGGAGGUAGAUGGGUGUGAGGUGCGGAACACGUACCUUGCAGGAUCGUCUGGCAGAGGGGCUGAAAGCCGAGUGGCUCCUGUGUUGCAGACAGUUAAGGGAUAUUAUGGGAUGGACCGCAGGGGUUGGAGGCAAGCAUGUUCCAUCGUCAGCAAAACCCACUUCCUGUGAUUCUCUGCCUUGUUGGGUUGUUUACUAACCUGACAAGUCUCCUCCUCUUUCUCUGUGGUUAUCUUUGCAUCGUUCUCUACGGUUAGUGAUGGCUGCCAGAAGGAGAAAUGAGUAAGGUGCUCAGCUAGAACACCAGGCAGGUGGGGGUGCCUUGGCCUGCUCCACAAAAGUAGCUUCUUCCCUCUACUUCAACAGCAGAGAGUUCUUAGAACAAGGGGGGGCGAUUUUUGCAGCAAACGUUGGUCUUAAAGGGAAGAGGGGGCUUGACAGUGAGUAAUGGAAGAGGCUAUUGGAAAUGGAGCUUUUGAGGUUGCCAAGACAUGGACCCUGUUUUCCCCUUCCCUUGCCAGUUUUAAGGAAAUUUGAGUAGACCUGACCUCUGCAGCACCACCAAUCCUCUCUGCCAAGCUUUAUGAUGCCAUUGCAAUGGUCCUUUGCCUGCUGCUGUGCCUAUUUUUUGCCUGAUGAAGGCAGAAUUCAACAUCUGGGAAGCCUCCACAUACCCUCUACAGCUGUUAUUGCCUCUUUUGUUCAAGGCAGAUUUCUUCAGCCAGCUGUUUUGAAUCUGUGAGUGGAAUAAUGGAGAGGUGGAAGUUAAGCUGGGGCAGGGGGAGAAGAUCCAAGGGACUGAAAGGUUUGGGGAGAGCCAGUUGUACUUGAAUAAUUAUAUUGGGGAGGGAUUUUUUUGUUACCUCAGGGGUUGGGUUGCGGGCAGUGUGAUGUCAGGGGCAAGGUUUAGCACUGGGGUGGGCAGUAUUGGCCCUCUAGAUGUGGGACUACAACUCCCAUUAUCCUCAGGCAUAGUGGCUGGGGAUGCUGAGAGUUAUAGUCUGUCUGGAGGGUCAAGAUUGCCCACCCCUGGUUUAGGAGGACUGGGCAAACUUCAACUUUUCAGACGGAGAGGUGAUAGCAACAGGUCAGUACAUAUCAAUGAUACGGAAUUUGAGGUUGUUCUUGAUGGAGUGGCUUUGAGCUUUUGAUAUUUUGACUUUUUUUUUUAAUGGUAUGGUUUUGGUAUUGUAAACAAAAGGAAUUUUGGAUUAAGAAUUUACUGAAUUUGGGGUGGGUUGGUGUGGGUUUCCAAUGUCUUGGAUUUGCAAUGCUUUGGUAUUUCAAACUGUGAUUGUUUUUCACUCCAGGCUUUGUGAGGGUGGGUUUUUUUGGAGCUGUGGCAGAUUUUCUUAGGUCACUCGUGGGCUUGACAUCCCCUUACUGAGGGGCAGCUCAUGAAGUUAUGUGUUCCGUGGACCAGGUGGGUUUUGUGACUGUUGCUAUGUGAUUGGAUUGAUCCUUGUGAGAUGCAUUUCAGUUAAGCCAAAAUCUGUGUGACCCUGGAUUUCCCCACUUCAUGGGAUAAGCAAGUGAUGUCCUUGCUUUUUCUCCCUCUUGCUCCACCCUACAUCAUGCUUCUCUUCUAUGAGCCACCUUUAUGUGUGAGAGUGAUAUUUCUUUUUUAUCUACUAACGUCUUCGGCAGUUCUCUUGCAUGCCUUCCAAUCACCCAACAAAAUGGAAACUAGGGGUGUGCACGGAACCAGUUCAGAGGCCCUUUAUGGGCCUCUGAACCAGUUCAAAUGGUGGGCAGUCCUGCCAGUUUGAAGGUGGAUGGGUCUGCUUUAAGGGUGGGGGAGGGUGCACUACCCCGCCCCUUUCCCGCCGGCGGCGGCGCUUCAUGUUUUAAAAGUCCGCUGGGGCGGUAGCAUACCUCCCUGCUGCCCUGUUGCCCCCUUAGGCGGAAGUAUCCGACACGCCCGAUGUGUGCCGGACACAGGUGCAGUCAUGCAUGUUGGGUGUAUGUGUGUACGCACAGGUGCAUCGGACACUUCUGCAUCAGAUAUUGUGCCAGGUUUUUGCAGGGUGCCGCUUUAUUAGCAACUACUUUUUUGCAGCAUAUUUCCGAAUGGUAGCAUAGGGCGAGUUCAGACAAGCCACUGCAAAUAAGUAGGAAGGAGCCUCUGGUUCUGAACAAAUGCACUUCUGGUGCAAGCAACUACUUCCGCUCAUCUCCGUGUCAUCUAAACCUAUCAUGUUGGGUUGCCAAGGUCAGGCUCCCAACCCGCAACAUUUGCCAAUUAACUCAGAUGUUGCUUACAGAUGUCAAGUGCUAGAGAGAACUCAACAACUAGCACUUGACAUCUGUAACCAACAAUUGAAGUUGGAUGGUGAAUGGUGGGGCGUGGAGGGAAGCUGACUUUGGGAGUUUUGACAUAGUGGGUUCGGAUGGCAAGGAAGUGGGUGGAAGUAACUACUCAUGUCAGGAGUUCACACUUGCUGUAAACCACCAGCCUACUUGCAGCGGGUCACCUGAACCUGCCCAUACAAUGCAAGCAAUCUUCAGUCCUUGUGGGACAUUAAUAGCUGCAGUUGAUACCCCCCCCACCCCGCACAACUGUAACCAGUACAGCCAGUGCCAAUCAUAUCUGGCUGUGGUGAAGCCAGCCUCCUACUGUAUCGGGACAGCUGUUUUGCAGUUGAAGUUUUUCAUAUCUGUCUUUUCUAUGCAAUUGAACCCUUUCACUUAUGCAAUAGUUUCUACACUUUUAAAAAAGAUGAAAUCCUACCUUUUCAUUUUUAAUAUUUUUUUAAAAAAAUGUUUGAUACAUCUUUUCUGAUCUGUUUGUCAACUGUGAAGUUAAAUUUCUUUUUGGUUGUUUUGGUUUGUGUGUGGAAAUUAAAAAAAACAAAACAAA